AUGUCGCCGAGCGUGUACGUCGAGCUACCCAGAAGAACUGCCAAGCGGCGCGCCGAGGUCGUGCCGGACGCGGCCGAGGCGGGCCCGUCGCGCCCAUGGCCCAAGACGCGUCGGACCGCCAGCCACGCAGAGAGCAGUAGCGAUACCGACGAAUACGAUAUCAAGAGCGAGCAGCCCUCGCGGGGCGACGAGAACGCCGAGGCGGUCGAGAGUGACGAGAGUGAGGACAAGCCGCGCCUCGACGACGCGAACGCCCAGCCGCGCACCAGGCGGCGCAGGCGGCGCGACGACGGCGAGCCGCGUGUCCGGCGCCAGCGCCAGCCUCGGGCCAGACGGCAGCGGCGGCGCAGGCACGACGACGACGAUAACGACAGUUAUGGGGAAGAGGACGACGAACAGCCCCCUGCGCGGCGGCGUCGGGCGAGGCGACGGCGCGCGUUCGACGCGCACGCCGACGACGAUGACUACGAUGACGGCGGAGGCGGCGGCGUCGCUGGGCCAGUGGGCAUCCGUACCAAUCCCAACGGGGACCAGUACAUCCAGCUCGCACCCUACCGCCACGUCACGCUGCGCGUGUGGCAGGGCGAGACGUAUGUCGAUAUCCGUAAUUUCUACAGGGACCGAAGCGGCGAGCUCGCGCCGACGACCAAGGGGAUCAGUCUCACGCCCGAGCAGUGGGCUCUGCUGCGGGACAAUGUGGGCCUCGUGGACGAGAUGCUGGGCGCGGCGGUGGGUAUCCAUCUGUAGACUCGGACAGCACUGC